UCCUCAAGGGCGCGCGCCCGCGCCCCGCCCCCGCGAGCACGCUAUUGGUGGAAGUCGGGGCGGAGCGCACGCGCUUUUCCUGCACAUUGCGUUUGUAGCGGCGCGGCGACCCCAGCGAGUCCCUCCGGUGCGGGCCCGCGGCAUGGCUGGGCCGCGACUGCUGCCGCUAGGGCUCCCGGUGCUGCUGCUGCUGCUGGCGCGGCCGGUGCUGCCUCUCCCUGCCGGCACGGCCGCCCCGCCCCGCUGCUCCCCGGACUGGUUCCAGUGCACGCCCGGUGACCCCUGCUUCCCCCUGGGCUGGCGCUGCGACGGCCACCCCGACUGUGAAGGCGGCGAGGACGAGUGGAGCUGCGGGACCGCGACCGCGGCGGAGCCGAGUCCCGGCGGCCCCGCGGUGACCCUGCCGAGGAGCUCGGCGGUGCCGCCCACCGGCAGCGCAGAGCCUUCAGCUACGCCUGAGGCCUCUGUGCCAUGGAGCAGUCAAGGUUACACAUGGAUUUUGAUUGUUGCAGGGCUCCUGAUUAUCCUGGUAGUGGCAAGUUCUGUUGCUGCGUGGUUUCUGUCCAGAGCGAAACGCAGAUCUGACACCUCCAGUCUAGAAAAAGCCUCCAGGGAGCAGCUGAUGCCUGGCAAGGGCCAGAAAGGCUCCUUGCCCUGAAGGGGAUCCUUAUCCCAAGGUGAUAAGGUGAGACUAGCCUGGUCUGUCCCCUGCUCACCACAGAGCCUGACUGAAUUGGACAUCAGCUCUCAAAUCUGGCUUGUUACACUGGAAUACCAAGAGGAUGCUCCCUUUAUGAAUGGUUCUUAGACUGUAGGACUGCCUUGGCUCCAGAAAUAGCACAGGACCUUCCCUGGCACUGUCCAUCAGCCCCCCAAAGGUGUCAGAAAUGCCUUCACUGUUCUGCAUGACAGUUAUUACUGCAGAUGCCCACCACUGUGGCCUUUGACUCAAAGAUGUUUUUCCCCUUGAAAUGCCACGUGCUCUUUAACUGUCUCCUUCCACUUGCAGCCAAGAGCCUUUUGUCAUCCGUCCCAUUCUUCCCCCUGGAUUUUGUCAGGGAACAGGAACUUUCUCACCUAUUUCCAAAGGCACUCACUGGCUGCACAGGUCAGACAAAUACUCCAUGUUUGCACUACUGUUUGAUCCUGCUCAGUCCCUUGCACGAGAGGCUUUUCUGACAGUGCCACUGUGGGGGUGACAGUUGUUCUGGCUUUGCUGUGCAGUUCCCUGAGCCCGUGUGGGGCAAGGAGCUCCUGGGCCCUGGGCUGGCAGCUCCUUUCACACUCCCUUCUUCCACAACAUCUCCAUGCUUGGCAGACCCGCUCUGCCCACCCCAGUGCUGAGUGCUGCAUGGGGCUUCUCUUAACACUCUCAAUGGCAUCUCCUUAGAACUGUUCUGACACGAGUGGUGUCCCUCAGGGUCCGUACCGGGACCAGCGCCAUUCCGGGUUUUCAUCAGCACGUAAAGUGA